GAUGGCCGAGUUUGAUGGUACAUACAUUUCGGCGCCAUGGUCAACGCCAAAGAUCCCGCGAACUUUUUCCACACCUGGGUAUGCUGGCCAAGUAUCUGGGGGUGCUGGGGUGACAGGUGAAUUGUCACCAUUCCCUCCUCUUCUACUUGGAAGGUCAUUGUCACAUGCCUUGCCCUCACUGGGACCAAAUGGAUCCCAGGGACUCCCUGCAUCCAUUAAUGCCCUUUUCCAGCCAGGCGUCUUUCAGUUCCAAUGCGACCCACCAGACAACUCCAAACCUGCGCCCGCGCCGGAGCCUAUUAGGCAAGCAUCGGAGCCUAUCGCAGCGCCAAAGCCAAAGGCAUCAUCUACACCAUCAGGACAGAUGCCAGUGCAAGGGGCCCCGACCAUGCCUGGUCAAGAAUCAAGGACUGUACCGCCCCUUCCAGCGCGAGGGCGUCAGGGAGUGACGCAUCGCCAUCGCAAUGAGGUUGGAUUGUGCCAGGAGCCGGCUUUCAGCACGAUGCAGCUGGAGCAAUGUGCAGCGCAGUGUCGCAAGGAAGUUGAGGCCAUUGCAGCAAGAUGUCGAGCAGAGGGCCAGAAGUUCAAUGAUCCGGAUUUUCCAGCCGCGAAGACUUCCCUGUUUGCAAGCACUCCUUCGUCGAGCUUUUUUGGAGCUGGGGCGACGAAUGCUUCUUGGCGACGAGAGGCUGAAGUCGAAGGGCAAUGGAAAACAGAGGAUUCCCCAGCUGUACUCCAUGUUGGAGCGCUGGGUAGCUUUCCUCUGCAAGGCGCCUUGGCCACGAUGCAAAGCAUGGGCAAAGAUCCCAAAGAGCUGAUUGUAUGGCAUGAGCCAGAGGCAGGAGUCUAUGGCGUCCGCUUUUUCAAGGAUGGAGAGUGGAUGUACGAGGUGCUUGAUGACAACCUUCCUGUUUCGCAGAAUGGACGGCCGCUGUACAGUUCCUGUGGACAUGAACAACAGGAUUGGGCAGCUCUGAUUGAAAAAGGGUACGCAAAACUCCACGGGUCCUAUGAAGCUGCUACAAACUGUCAGGAAGAAGACACCUUGGAGGAUGUCCUCGGCGUUGCCUCGGGGCGAAUCUCGGUUGGUGACUUCCCAGUGUGGGCAGAACUGUGGCAGCAUCUCAGGAGCAAGUGCAAGAGAAGAUAUGCCCUUGCUGCAAUCCGAAGGCGGGAACGUCCCGGGGAGGUGCCUUGUCCUUUGUGCUUCGGCCCGUGCAGGAUUUGCAACGCUGGAACUUGAGUUGAAGUUUGGGUGCAGCUGUUUUCACUGAACUUUCACAUAUUUUCACUUUGUUUUUUGCUGUUUGAGUCUUUCUCUUCGACCCAAGAUCAAAGGAAUAUACGCUCAUUGAGAGGCUGC